AUGACAUGUAAAACAAUAGAAAAUGCCAAGAAAUUAGCUAAAGUAGAUGGAAAGACUUUGAGAAUGCAUGCUUGGUUUGGUCAAGAUUGGGAAGAUUUAAAACAAAAUGUUUCAAAUCAUAUAAAUUUAAAAAUAAAAAAACUUGAGGGUGAGAUUUUAUCUGAUAUCAUUAAAAUAGAAGUAAAAAAAAAUCCUCAUACUUUUGUUGAUAAAGAGGGAGGAAAUAAGCAAUUAACGGAACUGGAGUAUAUCAUGAAGAUGACAAAUCCCAUUUUAGAUUUGAAAUGGAGAUUGGCCCAAUUGCCACCAGUAUCAGUUUUGCAAGUUUACAAAUCAUUUGUAUGGAAAUUGUGCUGUAUUUCUCAAAGGCAAGAUGAUGAUAAUUUUGCAAGAUAUAUGUUAUGGCAAUAUCAUGGAAGUUGUUGGUAA